UAGAUUUCAGUCUUAAAUAGACAAACGAACUUGUCUCACUUAUUUUUGUCUGUUUAUAUUUUGGAAUUAGAAAAAUUUAAGUAAAACAAAUCACAAUGAAAGUUUUUGCUUUAAUCUUGGGCAUUUUUCUAACCCUUUCUGCCUUUGUGAGUGUUAAUGAAGCCGCAUUUUGCCCCUGCGAUUUGUCGAACAAGGAAAUGAUUUGUGGUUCCAAUGGUGUCACCUAUAAAAAUCGAUGUGAAUUUGAAUGUACUCAAAGGGAAUACAAAAAAUUGGGACGUACUUUAAAUAUACGCAAUGUAGGAGCUUGCUAAAGUCCGGAGUUGGACCAUAACGAAAACUUUAUAAUUGAAGAAGAUAAGAAUAAAGCUAAUUAUAAUGAUUAUCAUAAUGAUGAAAUAAAUAUUCAUUGUAUUUAAGUAUAAAUUUAUUGUUAAUCGCAUAUAUUGUUUAAAUGAGUUAGAAGGCAGCUUUGAUUUAGAGCUUAUUUAAAUAUUAUUUUCAAUAAUCGUUCGUAAUUUGAAAAAAACGUUUUUUUUUGUGCUGCUAAUAAAAUAAAAUUAAUUAUA